GGCAGCCCGCGGGGUGCCCCGCGGUGAUUGGCUGCCGCUUCGUGACAUCACGAGGCUCGGGGAAAAGUGCGAGGGGGAGAGCGAGUCGGAGCCACAGCCGCCGGGAGCUGCGGUCGGAGCAGGGGCCGUCCCCUCCGCAGCCCGGCUCGGCCCCAGCGCGCUCCCCGCGUCAGGCACCCCUGCCUGCCCCGUCCGCCCCCGUCCGUCCCGUCUAGUCCGCCCUGCCCGGGCCGCCGGAGCAGCGCAGCCGGACGCCCCCGAGAUGGCCAACUUCACGCCGGUCAACAGCAGCUACGGCAACCAGUCCGGCCAGUCGGUGCGGGCGCUGCCGGCGUCCCCCAACCGCUACGAGACGGUGGAGAUGGUGUUCAUCGCCACGGUGACGGGCUCGCUGAGCCUGGUGACCGUCGUGGGCAACAUCCUGGUCAUGCUGUCCAUCAAGGUGAACCGGCAGCUGCAGACGGUCAACAACUACUUCCUGUUCAGCCUGGCCUGCGCCGACCUCAUCAUCGGCGCCUUCUCCAUGAACCUGUACACGGUGUACAUCAUCAAGGGCUACUGGCCGCUCGGGGCCGUGGUCUGCGACCUGUGGCUGGCGCUGGACUACGUGGUCAGCAACGCCUCCGUCAUGAACCUGCUCAUCAUCAGCUUCGACCGCUACUUCUGCGUGACGAAGCCGCUCACCUACCCGGCCCGGCGCACCACCAAGAUGGCGGGCCUCAUGAUCGCCGCCGCCUGGGUGCUGUCCUUCGUGCUCUGGGCGCCGGCCAUCCUCUUCUGGCAGUUCGUCGUCGGCGAGCGGACGGUGCCGGACAACCAGUGCUUCAUCCAGUUCCUGUCCAACCCGGCGGUCACCUUCGGCACGGCCAUCGCGGCCUUCUACCUGCCCGUGGUCAUCAUGACGGUGCUCUACAUCCACAUCUCCCUGGCCAGCCGCAGCCGGGUGCACAAGCACCGCGCCGAGGGGCCCAAGGAGAAGAAGGCCAAGAGCCUGUCCUUCCUCAGGAGCCCCCUCAUGAAGCCCGGCGGCCCCAAGCCGGGCCGGACGCCGGGGGAGGCGGCCAAGGACGAGGUGCGCAACGGGAGGCUGGAGGAGGCGCCGCCGCCCGUGCUGCUGCCCCCCCGGCCCCCCGAGGACAAGGACACGUCCAACGACUCCAGCUCGGCCAGCGUCACCCAGAACACCAGGGAGAGGCCCCUGACCGAGGGCUCGACGGCCGAGACCGGCUGCAGCCCGUCCACCCCGCUGCCCCCGCGCCCGCGAGCCCUCAACCCGGCCUCCAAGUGGUCCAAGAUCCAGAUCGUGACCAAGCAGACGGGGAACGAGUGCGUGACGGCCAUCGAGAUCGUCCCCGCCACGCCGGCCGGCCUGCGCCCCGCCGCCAACGUGGCCCGCAAGUUCGCCAGCAUCGCCCGCAACCAGGUGAGGAAGAAGCGGCAGAUGGCGGCCCGGGAGAGGAAGGUGACGCGGACCAUCUUCGCCAUCUUGCUGGCCUUCAUCGUGACGUGGACGCCCUACAACGUCAUGGUGCUGGUCAACACCUUCUGCCAGAGCUGCGUCCCCGACACCGUGUGGUCCAUCGGCUACUGGCUCUGCUACGUCAACAGCACCAUCAACCCGGCCUGCUACGCGCUCUGCAACGCCACCUUCAAGAAGACCUUCAAGCACCUGCUGUUGUGCCAGUACAGAAACAUCGGCACGGCCAGGUAAGCGCCGGCCCCGUGUGGGGCGCCACCGAGGGGCGCAGAGCCGGGACUGGCCGCGGCACCCUCUGCCCGGGCCUCCACCGUGGCGCCCUGGCAGGGGCCCAGAGCCCCCAAAGUGAGGAUGGAUGUCCGGGCGGCACGGUCCUCGCCUGGGCUCUGGAGAUGCCCUGGCGCAGUGAAGCCAAGGGGUCUGGCCGGCAUCUGAUGCCCCGAUGGAAGCCUGGGCUGGCCGGGUGAAGAGGGCCAGACGCCCAUCCUGGGGACUGGAGGGGCUGGCCGGGGAGGCAGCUGCAGGAGGGGAGGCUCUGGUUUGAAUCCCAGCCACAAGGACCGCUCGGUGGGCAGGGCACAAGGAGGCAUGGAGCGGGCAGGAGGACACUUGGCUUCUUGGGGGUUGGGGUAGGGAGGUGGAGAGUCCUGAAGAGGGGGAGGAGCCCCGCCCCCUCCCCCCCCCUGUAAAUGGCACUGCUCACCCUUAACCCACCUGCAUGCCCCACCUCCGGGACUCCUCCCCAUUCCUCCCCUUUGUAGCCGCCCUGCGGGACCUCUAGUGGGUUCUGGACUGGAUCCCAUCCCGGGGCCGCCUCCUUGCCCAGCUCUCCCCGCCCCCCACAGGCUUGGCACAGCCACCCAGGGAGGCUUCCCGCCUUGGCCCGAGAUGCCGAUGCCAGACUACGGUGGGCCUGCAGGGAGGGCCCCCAGGGUGGCCCCGGCCUCCCUGAGCCUCAGUUUCUCUGUCUGCUGGGCCCCUCCGGGGCGUGCCCAGGGAGUACCUGGGGAAGGGCGGCGCCUCCCCAAGCCGGGCGGGCUUGUGAAAAGCAGCUUUUCCCAUUGGCUGGCUGGGAGCCGGCCGCGGCGGCCCCGGUUUCUGGCUCUUCCUCCCGGCCCUUCCUCCCCCCUCCCCAAACUGCCGCUACACUAGCGAAGGAGCUUUUCUACAUUAAAAACAAAAGGCUUUUAUUGGAAAAAA